UGCUGAGCGGCUGCGGAGCGCGGAGCCCCCGGCGGCGGUGUAAACACAGCGGCGCCCGCCCGGCCCGGCCUGGCCCGGCCUGGCCGGCCGCCGGGGACCCGGACACCGGGGGCCCGCCUCCCCGGCACCCCGCACCCGCAGCUUUACAUGUGUAACACCUGAAAAUGAGGCUGAGAACGCGGAAAGCUUCUCAGCAAUCGAAUCAAAUCCACACACAACGUGCUUUGAGGGCGAAGAGGAAACACUCGGAGGUGGAGGAGAGCUUACCUGGUGGUGGAGGGAAACCCCAGAAAAAUGAAACCGGCUUGUUGUCUUCAAUCAAAAAGUUUAUUAAAGGAAGCACACCCAAGGAAGAAAGAGAAAAUCCUGCAAAAAGAAGUAGAAUUGAACGGGAUAUUGAUAACAACUUGAUUACAUCCACACCUCAAACAGGAGAAAAGCCUAAUAAACAGAUCUCUCGAGUACGACGGAAAAGUCAAAUGAAUGGAGAAGCUGGAAGUUAUGAAAUGACAAACCAACAUGUAAAGCAAAAUGGAAAAUUAGAAGAUAAUCCUACCACUGGCAGUCCCCCACGAACUACGUUACUGGGAACCAUAUUUUCUCCUGUUUUCAAUUUUUUUUCACCAGCAAAUAAAAAUGGAACAUCAGGAUCCGAUUCUCCAGGACAAGCUGUUGAAGCUGAAGAAAUAGUCAAACAGCUUGACAUGGAGCAGGUGGAUGAGAUCACGACAAGUACUGCAACGUCAACCAAUGGCGCAGCUUACACCAGCCAGGCCGGGCAGGUCCGAUCCGCCAUCAACAACGGGUUAGAAGAAGUGGAGGAAACAAAUGACCGCGACCUGCCGCCACUCACAGCACCAGUAUCUCCAGACAGUGGCUACUCAUCAGCUCACGCGGAAGCCACCUAUGAAGAAGACUGGGAAGUCUUUGAUCCAUAUUAUUUCAUCAAACAUGUUCCGCCACUAACAGAAGAACAACUUAACAGGAAGCCAGCUCUUCCACUGAAAACAAGAAGCACACCAGAAUUCUCAUUAGUUCUAGACUUGGAUGAAACAUUAGUGCACUGUAGUCUAAAUGAAUUAGAAGAUGCUGCACUCACUUUUCCAGUUCUUUUUCAAGAUGUCAUUUACCAGGUUUAUGUCCGGUUAAGGCCAUUCUUCCGAGAAUUCCUGGAACGUAUGUCUCAGAUUUAUGAGAUCAUUCUUUUUACUGCUUCUAAGAAGGUGUAUGCAGACAAGUUAUUGAACAUACUAGACCCUAAAAAGCAACUGGUCAGGCAUCGACUUUUCCGUGAGCAUUGUGUUUGUGUACAAGGAAACUACAUAAAGGAUUUAAACAUUCUUGGUAGAGAUCUUUCAAAAACGAUCAUAAUUGACAAUUCACCGCAAGCCUUUGCUUAUCAGCUUUCAAAUGGAAUCCCUAUAGAAAGCUGGUUCAUGGAUAAAAAUGACAACGAACUCCUAAAAUUGAUUCCAUUUCUGGAGAAACUCGUAGAGCUGAACGAAGAUGUCCGACCUCACAUCAGAGACAGAUUUCGCUUGCAUGACUUGCUACCCCCAGAUUAAAGCCUUUUGCCUCGUUACUGAAGGGGGAGAAAAUGCAGGACCCUUUUGGACUAAAACAAAACAUUGCCAUUACUGUUGAAAUUUUGCAUUUUUGUACCCCGUCUUGCUUUUCUUAUCUUUGGUGCCCAACAAUAAUCAAGGGUUACAGAAAGAGACUUUCUAUAUCUGAGCUUGACCACACUCAGUACAAUACAGUACCGCGCAGUAGGUAGGCUAGAACAGAAAAGUCUUUAGAACUAGUGCAACUCCAAUGAAAUUUUUUUAUGUACAGGACAUCUGCAGUUUAUAAAGAAUUCUGUUUCUGCCACCAGCAGUUUGACCUGUAGAAACACAGGAUUUUAUGAUAUAACAGAGAUCGAAAAUGGACUCUGAUUUUCUCUCUGUUCGGUGCUCUAAGUGGGUUUGUAGCCACUUUUCUGUUACUUUUAAGAUUCUCAUUUCAACAGGAAUGGCCAGUAAAAGUUGUUUUAUUUUUCCUGUUAAGGUUUAUAACCUUUUUACAUUUUUGACCUGUAUUAGAUUAGAAUUUCAUUAUGCAUUCCUUUUAGUUGAGGCGCUUCAUAGUUUUUUCUGGAAAUAGCCAAAUUUUCUUAGUUUUUUAUUAAACAGUUGAAUGGCCGUUUUCCUGCUUCGUCUGCCUGCAUACUGUAUAUUUGUUUAAAAAUAUUCUCUAGUUUUAGUCCACGUAAGUUUCAUUUAGAAAGAAAACCCCUGCAUUUAUAUUUUCUUUCUGUAAUAUUCUACUGUAGUUGAAAUCUUUUCAAAAAUCAAGAGACUGGCUAGAUAAGAAGAAUAGAAGAAUUACUAAUAUUCAGAAUAUUUUAAACCAUUGUGAUGGCAUGUGCUCUGGACAGACAGUAUCUUGCAGUGGCACAAACGGAUGGACAAGGAAUACCUCAGACCAUGCUGUGCGUGCAGAUCUCGAAAGGAGAACUAGUUGGGUCACCCGGUAGGUUUGGCGCGAUUCAGUUACUGCUGCCUUCUGUUUCCUGCGCGAUUGAAGGGUUCUGCACAGCGGCUCAGUAUUUUAAGGUGUUUGGCAUGGGCUGACGGUACCUCUGUGACACUCGGCGUUACAAUCAGUUUCCCAUCUGGGUGACAGCGCAGGUACCUGGCGGUAACUGUGCACCCUCCUGUGGUACGUACACUCCGCCGCCGCCGGCCUGCUAUCAUACUGGUUUUCUAUGGAAAUAGUCUCUCAGCCUGGGGUCUCUAAUGCAGCUACUACAAGAGGCUGAUAUUUUUAUAAUGGGGUGUAAUCUCCUUUUCAGGAGGCUUUUUAUGGAAGGUAUAAUUUGUAAAAGUUAGGAUGCUUUGCCUCUCGACUGCAUUAACGCGCCAUAGGCUCAGACUGUUUUUGUGUAAAAGAUGUCACAGAACGGCACUUUUUCUAAAGAGAAGUUUGAUAUUUUGUAUGCUUGUUAAGAAAGUACAGUAUUGGAAAUUAAAGGUGGACAACUGAUAAUUGAGAAGUAUGUCAAUUAAUUUUUUAUGUAUAUUACCUGUUUACUUGUACAAUUUUAUUGUACAAAUUACAUGCAGCUUCAUUUUCAAAUGAGUCCUUAAAAUAAGGAAAAUCUUUUUAGGAAAACAUUUAAUUUUUGUAUUUUUGAUUUUAAAAGGCAUGAGUUAUGUCAACUUUUUCCAGUGUAUUAAUGAAGAUUUUAACUUUUCAUCAGGUUGAGUGUUUUCUUACUAUAUUAUCUGUUGUGUAUGUAGUUAGCACAUUGUGUCACUGAACUGUUUAAAAAACUUAGCAUGUAGAGCAAGCCUGUUUUGUGGAAAAUCCUUAUUCAUUAAAAAAAAAAAAUCAUCAUGGCAGAUUUUCUGCAAAAAAGUGAAAACAUUUGCAAUUCAGAAUACUGAUUUUUUUUGUAUUUAAAGAAAGGUAUUUUGCUUGCAGGAAAGAAAUACUACAGAUUCAUUUUAAUGAGAAUCUUUUAAAUGUAUUUAUCUUUAGGGCAUCUGGGCAUCUUUACGCUGUUUGUCUUAUGUCUUUAUUGAAAUAAAAUGUACAUAACAUUACCUUUAUAUAUGCUUUUGCGCAGACGUGUGAACCCUGUAACCAUCCCCGUUCCUUCCUGUUUUUAUGUCGAUAAGAUGGUUCUGGAAAUAUUUAUAGAUUUUGAAAAUGGUCAGCUUGUAUUUGAAUUGCUACAUGGUUUGCCAACUAUUUUUCAGUUGUUCGUUAAGAUGUAAAUCUAAAUCUGAGACUUUUAAUUACUUUGACAGUGAAUCCUUGGUUAACGUGGAAUUCUUCCAAAUUUCUCCAAGUAAUUGACGUAACGGAACUGCUUUAAAAUUCACCGGUCUACCCGAAUGAAAGGAUUUUUGUUAAGUAGUUCAUCGCUUUUCUCCGACUGUAAAAAGAGAUGAUCAUCUGUUCGAAUAAUGUCCUUAAACACGUGGGUCCUAUCUUUGGCUAAAACCAUUCUAAAAGUGCUUUCUUUAGUUAAGGAAACCAAAGCAUACAUUGCACUUUACAGCUGUAUCUGUGUUGUGAUGAUCAGAUCAGUGAGGGAAAUCAAAAUGUAAAUUGAGGGAUUUAGUUCUACAUAGAUGCACAGCAGAAAUAACAGAGACUGCUUAGUAAACAUAUUAAAUAUUAAUAUUUUAAUGUGCUGCAAGUCUGGUAUUUAUCAUUCUGAACUUUCUUUGCAGAAUGAGUCUACCUUCUUCAAAAUGUAAGUUCCUAAAAAUGUCAAACAGUUCUGGCAUCAACAGUCUUUGCAUGAAGCAAAGCUACAAUCCAUCAGGUUUUAUUUUCGUCUUAUUAGUCCCCAGGGUGAGACUUAAGUGUUCCUCUGACAUGAGUCCGGAUCAAAUUGUGCACACCAAAAUUGACACCGAUAACCGGGGGAGUCUCAACUACGUGCAUUACUCGAGUCUUGAAUGUAGAGUUGUGCAACUUAAGCAGUUAAUCUUGUAGCUGUAUCAUUUAUUCCAAUUUUAUGUAUUUUUUUAGAAAACAACAUCCUAUUUCCACAGUUCUUAAUGAUUUCAUUUGUGGUCCUUCGCUUGAUUGUGGUAAUCAUGUGUUAAUUUCACAUGUCCAUAUGUAUUCUGUUCUAGGUCUGAGCAUUCUUGGUUCCGAGAGCAAAAUAACGUCUGUCUUAAUUAUUUUGGCAAUACGUGUUCAAUCUUUUCUUUUUUUCUCCUUGAAUUGCUAUAUAGCUAGAAUAGCUUGGUAUUAUCGGCUUCCUUUCCACCUUUGAUUCAUUUCACUUUCAAUUUUUUUCAUUACUUUUGAAAUGUAUCAGAAAGCCUGAAUGUUUCAAGACCUGAUUAAAAAUCUCCCAAACCAAGAGUGGUAUCAACCAAAGGCACGCUGAGGAGACAUAUCUGCUUUAAACAACGCACGUAGCUGCGUUACCAGAGAUCAGGAGGUAUGUGAGAGCUGUGCGGAGGGGGAACAGGUCGCAGCGCUGGCGGCAGCAGGGCCGGGUCAGUUGUGGGGACAGUCUGCUCUCGCUCGCUGCGAGGAGCCCAGCGUCCGUUGGUAGCACAGCAGCCCCCCUCCCAGGCGCGGCGCUUCCCCACACCUGAGCUGGAGGGCAGUUGUACUGGUUGGGUUGGCGCAGCUGGAGAAGCAUCGAGCCCCCGUGGGGAGAGGGACCAGGAGGGAGUGGAUGAGGAGAAGGUGGAGUGGGCGGAAAUCUCGUCAACCCCUCUGCCUCCAGCAGAGCAGUAAUGUGGGCCCGCUCUGAAACCGCCGUGAACGGCAGAGCUUGUUUGUUCAGGAGGGAAAGCUGUCCAGAAACACAAAAAUAUUGGGACUCUACUGAGCGAAUACCCAUAUUCCUUUAUUUUUCCUUCUGGCUCCGGCUUCCUUACAGCAUCACAUUGCAAAGCGUACCCUUUAUUCUUUGUCUAAACCCACUUGAAUCAACCACGUAUCGUUAGUAUAUUAAAGUAGAAGAUAAGAUUCAUAACUUCACAAUUUAUAGGAAAAGGAAGGUGAGCCCCUGCCCGUGAUACGAUGCCUGUAUGGCAGGGAAUUGUGGCUACUGAACCAGUCGAGUGACCCUUGCUGUCCUCUUGCUUCGGAGCGAGGACUGGAGUAGCGCUGAGUACACCUAAGUGGGGAAUUAGAAAAGUUAACUGUGCCUUUUUCCCUCCCCUCGGUGUGCUGUGCUCCCGUAAGCUUCCACUUGAAGGACGUGGAGAGCACACCUUUGCAAAGCUGAAGUUUCAAUGUAAAACGAAUGUUUGCAUAGUUGAAAUGAAUCUAGUACAGAUAGCUAAAUUAUAACUUAAUAGAACUCAAGAAGUCAAGGCCAGAAAGUAAACAUUCACAACCUAAUGUCACUUUUAAAAAUGGACAAUACCUACUGGUAUGAUACAGCUCAGUUGGACAAGUUUGUUCUGGCAGGUGCCAAGAGAAACUAAUCAUUCUUCUAUUAAAAUAAUGUCUUCCGCUGUAAGUAGAGUGUUAAGCUAAACAGGCAGUGUUUUGUGGUGAAAGGACUUCUGUGGAUGCAUGUGGCAAAGACAACAGAUGGUACCUUUGAUCUGCAGUCAUGCCACUUCCAUGGUUCGUGCCAUACACUUGUUUAAACUCAUUGUCAAAGACCGAUACAAAGAAGAAAUAAAGCAAUGGCAGUCCCCAGGCACCGCGGGGAGCGUCAGCCGCAGUGCACAGCCCGCUGUUACGGGCCUCGCCUCCCGAGAGCGAGGUAAAUGUCUUUGGUUUUAGGCGGCCAGCGCCUCUGUCUGGCACCAGUAAUCCACCCAAGGCGCGUCCUCACAGUCUUCAGGCAAAAAGAUUGGCUUGAGGAUUGGAGUUAAAAGGGAGUUUAAAAUCCAUUCUGUGAAUAGUAUGAAGUUGAAAUGUGCCGACUGACAGGGAAACCUGGGACGGCAGCAGCGUUCCCAGCAGCCCGGGCUGAUGGAAUGCUGGCAGCCUCUCUCCUCCUUCUCCUUCCCUCCCAGGGUCACAUUUGUCACCCGCUGCCUUCUGCUAGUGCUGGUGCUCGUGCAGCCGCCUGGUGAGGCUGCGCCGGGAGCUGAUCAGCCAAAAUCUAACCUGAUAGAAUACAGGGAGAGGUUGUGGCAACGAGGGCUCCAGGCCUUACAGCAGGUAGAGCUCCAGGGAGCGGCAGCUGAGUGAAGGUUCGCGGGAAGACAGUUUUUCUGGAAAAAAUAACAGUUGCGUUAGACUGGUUCGGGUGGAGAACAGUGUCGCCGUGUGUCUUGACGACGCUGAAGGACUGCUCUCAAAGAUUCGAUUACACCAAACCCACGUCAUUUCAGAUUUGCGUCUUGGGUUCUUGAUACUUAAAUCAAAUCCCAAACAAGUUAAAUGGCUGAGGAGAAGUAGCAUAGGGGCAUCAUUUUCUUAGCUAGUGGUCAUAAUUUUGUAAAAAAAUAAAAAAUAAAUUUAAAAAAAAAUCCAAAACAUUGGCAGCAAGCGUUUUUGUUUGGAAGCAAGCAAGGAUGGUCUGCUAAAGAUUAACUUGUAUAGAUUUUGUGAAGCACAUCACUAUUUUGGUUGUCUUGACUGUGUAAUGUAAUAUUGUUUUGCUUUAUUUUUUUGAUACUUGCAAAGAUGUCAUUGUACUGAUAGGCUGAAUCUUGUAAAAUACAAUUGGAAGAGAACUCACGUUCUACAAAUUUGUGUUUCUUCUGCAAUCAUUUCUAGUAUAUAGAAUCAUAAAGAUUUAUAUUAAAUAUUUAUGCUCUGGCUACUGUUUUCAUGAUUUUUAGCUGCUAUCCUCUUCCAUUGAAGCCUGUUUGCUGUAAAGCAGGACAUUCCUCACAUCACUUUUCAGCCUUUAAAAUGGAAGGAAAAGAAGUGUUGGGUAUGUGUUUUAAAAGCUAAGGAUACUGGAGGCCAAACAAGAAAAAAAAAUAGAUGUGGUUUAUGUACUAAAAUUGUCACGGCACAUUCUUUUAAGAUGGUCUUGCUUAGAGUCUGAUUUUCAACAUGAUACGUAUUCCAGUGGAUAUCUUUUGUAAAAUGGCCACAAGGCCCGAUCUGUCUCAUUUUUAUUUGUUUCUCCUCCUAAGCAGAAACCUUUAGAUUUCUCCAAACCGAGAAGGGGGUGGUUUCUCAGAAGGCAGGAGUUCCUCUGACUCAGAGCUGUGCUGAGCAGCAUUUUUUUUCUUUGUGCCUUAAUUUCCGCAUCUAUACAAUGGGAAAAAUACUUUGCUGUUUUAAUCCAAAUGUUUAAAUUACUCUAAAUAUGUUGUGUAAAUACAUAAUAUUUUUACAAUUAACAUGUUCCCAGUCAUUGCAGAAUUCUUGGCGGUUCCAUAAUUAUCCUCACCGCAUACUGAGCUUACAAAACUCUAUAGACUUGGUGAGGAUAUAACUUACGACAUCAUUUGAUCUACAGUUAUGUCUCCAUUGUUAUUUAUAUCGCCUGGUAAAUGGGUAACAACAAAAAAAGGAUGGCAGAUUUGGAAGUAAUAUUUUUUUUUGUAUCAUGUAUCAUUCCGCUUAUUAUAUGGAAGACACGUGUUCUUCUAAAAGUAUUAUCUUCAGAGACAAUAGAUCCUCCUCUUCCACUUUAAUUGCUCAGAUUCUCACAGAAAUCACAGAGUUGGGAGGUGGCAGUGAAGUACACUGGAUGAAGUGAAUGUUUCCAGCUUUUAUGGGUUUGAUGUUAUUUGACAAGGUGGAAAGAAAUAUACCACCCACAAGCUGGGCUGGAGGAGGCUCAGGGGGCCUGGUCUGUAGCCCCCAGGCACAUCAUGGCUUUGGGGUUUAAUCCUGAGAUAAAGGUGUCCUCUGCGUCUAACCUGCUCCAUCAGCAGCAUCCAAACACUGCGGAGCAUCAAACGUCACCAGGUCUG